GCUAGGUUUUCUUUCGCCCUUCCUUCCUUUGGCCCGAGCCAGCAAGAGCUGCUGCAUGUGCUGACGAGAGCGGCGUCCGGCGCCGCGGCCGUUCCUUGGCAGCCGUUCUGCAACUGCCAGUCGCCAGUUAUGUUCGACUACGACAAGGCUACCGCCUUUCUGGGCGAAUGGGGCCCCUUUCAGCGCCUCAUCUUCUUCCUGCUCAGCGCCAGCAUCAUCCCCAACGGUUACACGGGGCUGUCCGCUGUCUUCUUGGCCGCCACCCCCGAGCACUGGUGCCGGGUGCCCGCUAACGUCAACUUGAGCGCGGCGUGGCUCAACGCCAGCAUCCCCCUGGAGAAGCGUGGCGGGCGGCAGGUACGGAGCCAGUGCAGUCGCUACCGCCUCGAGGCCCUGCUCAAUUUCUCGGCCGGCAACCUGGAGCCCGGGCGCGAUGUCAACCUCAGCCAGGUGGGGCAGGAGGAGUGCCUGGAUGGCUGGGAGUUCAGUCGAGAGUACUACGACAACACCAUUGUCAACGAGUGGUCACUUGUUUGUGACAAUGACUGGAAAGCACCAUUAACUGUCUCCUUAUUGUUUGUGGGUGUGCUGUUGGGAUCCUUUAUAUCUGGACAGCUCUCAGACAGAUUUGGUCGGAAGCAUGUGCUGUUUGUAACGAUGGGGAUCCAGACUAUUUUUAGCUUUUUCCAGGUCUUCUCAACAAGCUGGGAGAUGUUUUCUAUUCUCUUUGUUUUUGUUGGAAUGGGUCAAAUAUCUAAUUAUGUGGCAGCCUUUGUUCUUGGUGCAGAAAUUCUUGGCAAAUCUAUCCGCAUUAUAUAUGGCACAUUAGGUGUCUGCAUAUUUUAUGCAUUGGGCUACAUGAUGCUGCCACUGGGUGCUUACUUCAUUCGAGACUGGCGAUUGCUGUUAAUGGCUCUUACUAUUCCUGGGCUGUUUUAUUUUCCAUUGUGGUGGUACAUUCCAGAAUCUCCUCGCUGGCUACUCUCUCAAGGAAGGAUUAAAGAAGCAGAGGAUAUCAUUCGUAAAGCUGCAGAAAGGAACCAUGUUGAAGCCCCCGAAGUAAUAUUUGAUCUUGCUGAGCUGCAAGAUUUGAAUGCCCAAGUUCAGCAGUCCUGCAGCAUUUUGGACCUAGUGAGAACCCAAAAUAUACGAACAAUCACUAUCAUGUCUGUGAUUCUAUGGAUGGUGAUUUCCAUAGGCUACUUUGGAAUCUCUCUGGAUACCCCUAACUUGCAUGGAGACAUCUACCUCAAUUGUUUCCUUUCAGCAGUAAUUGAAGUUCCAGCUUAUACUAUCUCUUGGCUGCUCCUUCAGCAUCUGCCCCGGCGUUAUUCAAUGGCAGGAGUCUUGUUCUUAGGAGGCUGUGUCCUUCUUUUCAUUCAGUUCGUGCCUACACAGCUCAGUAUUCUGGCCAUCAUCCUCAUGAUGAUUGGAAAAUUUGGGAUCACAGCCUCCUUCUCAAUGGUUUAUGUGUACACUGCUGAGAUGUACCCAACUAUUGUGAGAAACAUGGGAAUUGGAGCCAGUUCAAUGGCCUCCAGAAUUGGCAGCAUCCUCUCACCUUAUUUUGUGUAUCUUGGUGCCUACGAUAGAUUUCUUCCCUACAUCUUAAUGGGAAGUUUAACGGUGCUUGCAGGAAUCCUGACCCUGUUUCUCCCGGAAACUUAUGGAACUCCACUCCCAGACACUAUUGAACAGAUGCUAAAAGUUAAAGGAAUUAAAAAUAUAAAAUCACAGAAACAUCAAGAUAGAACAGAGCAUACAGAAGAGAAUUCAGCUAUUCUAAAGACCACAACAUUCUGAUGAAACUGCAUUGUUCACAGUAUUAUACCUUGGACAUUUCCUUUAAUUUUCUUCCAGAAAAGACUAACCUACAUACUUUUUUCCUAAGAUGGGAAAUAUAUUUAUUAAAAAUACAUUCAUUUUGAGAUUGUAGAUACAAUCUAUCCCAGUAUGGGAUUUUUUUUGCCAGAAAUUGCUUCAUGGAACAGUGUUGGAUAUAGAAUUUUUUUCACUUUUAGGACACAUCAACAACUAUCCUUUUUGUGAGACUGCAUUUUUAAAAGAUUCUUCAUGGUACAAGUUAAGUGUUUUAAUAUCACUUUUUCCAUACAUACUGUCAAAAAAUUAAAUAGGUAAUAGAGUUUGGAUGUUGUCACUCCACCUUGAGAUUCUACACCUUUUCUUGAGAGAAAAAAUAAGCUUGAAAUGAUAUAGAGGAAACUGGUAGAGUAGACCUUAAAAUAAUUAUGCAAAUAACUGAAUGCAGUAAAAGGAGAAGAAAUUGAAGUUGAUUCUUUUUUAUGAGCACAUUUAAUAGAAAUAGAAA